AUGAUCGGCUUCUUCUUAUUCGCCUGGCUUUUCUUUGGUCUGCUCUCCCCUGUCUUGGCCAACUACGACCAAUGCUACUACGACGCUGGCCUUGUCGGCCCCCAGGAACUGCUCCCCUGCCUACCCGCAAACGAGACCGACAAUGGCUUUAGCUGGUGUUGUAUGGCCGGUCAGUUCUGCGUUAACCAGGCCUGCUACGACGGCAAGUCUGGCGUCACCUACCAGUACGGUUGCAAUGACCCGACAUACAAAGACAAGACCUGCCCCAUCAAAGGUGGCCUUGAUAGAGCCAAGUCCCCUUGGAUUGGUCUUGUUCAAUGCAACAACGCGAACGAGGGCGAGCUGAAGUUCUGGGCUUCCAACCAUCCCGACACUUGCGGCGGGAAUUGCCCGACUGAACCUGACCAGCCUCAGGUGACACAGUCAGUCUGGCCAUUUGAGAUCCAGCCGUUACCACCUAUCAACGAUUGCAAAGACCUGGGAAAGAGAGUGCUCGCCAUGUAUGCGCCCAGUGCCUUGGGGUCGACCGGCGGGGUCCCUGCGACUUACACACCACCCCCCGGCAAGCCGAGUCCGACUAGGCCACCGCUACGCAGCAGCUAUGCGACGACCACCUCCAUUCCAGUCACUGAGUCUGCCUUGCAGAUCGCAAGCAGUGGCAGCAGCAUCUCUACUUCUUCCGCUACUCCUUCUAGCACUUCUUCGGCCACUUCUUCCACGGCAUCUGUCGCCACCAAUGCUCCCGCUGCACCAGGGCCAAGCUCACCAGCGCUGGGUAACGGCGCCAUUGCCGGCAUAGCCGUCUCCUCUACGGCUGUCGCCUUGUCGGCUCUCUUCGCCAUUUUUAUCCUAUUGCGACGUCGCCUCGCUCGCAAACGCGGCAGCGAAAUAGUCGCGGACGAGGUGGAAGAUGACUGGCAGGCCGGGCCUGCGGAACUACCCGACGACUUUCAUGCCAUUUCCCCCGAGUCCAAUGAGCACCCUAAGAUCAAUGAGCUCUCUGAUAAUGCCGACAGCUACAUAUUACUGUUCACCACGUCAAUCGACGCUGGCUGA